CCUCAAUCGAAUGUGAAUCACACGAUAAGUUAACCCAAUUCUCCCCCCCCCUCCCCCCAAUCGAGGUGUUGCCCAUUCUUCGAAUACGCCAAACGGACAAAUGGAUGAGGAGAAUUGAACCAGAGCCGGUGUCACUUAAGUAAUGAGAUAGGAAUAUUACUCUACACUACUGCGUCCGGGUACAAGUGCAUCCAUACCGCCCCAGACGGACCGGAAAAGCCCAAGUUUGAAAGGCUCCAUCCGCCCACCCAUCCAGCACAGCACGGCACGGCGGCCAAUAAAAGGCACAGCACAGCAAUUCUAUGCUUUUCACAGCUUAGUUAGGCCUAACACAAAAAAACCUUUCCGGAUAUAUAAACCCGGUGUCAGCCAAACCAUCCUACGAGUACCUGCCGUUACCUGCCCAUCACUCGUCGACAAUUUCGACACAACACAAAACAGGUUCCACCCACCAAAUCACAAAACGAAGAUCCCCGCCGCCGCCCGUCCGCCGCCCCCGCCCCAUCAAACAAACCCAACCAAAGCACUACCAAACCCUCCAAGAUGUCAACCAUCUCCUCAGCAAUAACCUGGACCCUCCAACGCCUCUCCAACAGCUCCCCACCACCACCCCCAAGCGGACCACCGCUCUCCGAGAAACCCCCAACACGGACCCCAACGCCCCUCCUCCCCCUCCAACCUCCGCCACUCUCGCCGAUAACGCUAACCGGCUACUCCCCGAGCACAACCACACGACUAAUGAGCCUAGACUUGGCGGAGGAAAUCCGCAUACUACUACCGCCACGCCUGCAACUGCACGAGACCUGGUCGCUAGGGUACUCGCUAGAGCAGCACGGGGUUAGUCUCUCCACCCUAUACGACAGGACGGGCACGGGCGCAGCGACCGGAGGGGGGUACGUGCUCGCGGUCCGGGAUUCCGCCGGCGGGAUCUUCGGUGCCUUCCUGAACGAACCGCCCAAGCCAACCGGUCGCUACAUUGGCACGGGGGAGUGCUUCCUGUGGAAGUCCUCGCAAGCGCCGCUCAGGUUCCGGGCGUUUCCGUAUAGCGGAAUUAAUGAUUACUUGAUUCUUGCGGACGGGAAUUACUUGUCUGUUGGUGGCGGGGACGGUAAAUACGGCCUCUGGCUAAACGAUACCUUCGAUAAGGGUCUUAGUCAAGCGUGCGAGACGUUCGGAAACGAACUACUUAGUGAGGAAGGCGAGAAGUUUGAGGUUAUUGGGGUGGAGGUUUGGAAGGUCGGGUGAUGCUAUGUUUCCGGGUUAUCUGAUGUGGAAAUGGCGUUAGGGUUCUUUUUUCUUCUUCCUUUUCUAUUGCUAUCGCCUCGUCUUGUCCAUCUUGUCCAUCCAUCCUUAACAGGUACGGAGAAACACCAUAUUAUAAGAAAGCAAGG